UGUUGCACAUGCCGCUGCGCGGGGAGAGUCGGACAUCCAUAUCCGCAUCCGCCCCCCGGACGUCGCUUCCCAGGCCGUGGAUCUGGAGACAGCCCCGCCUCGCAGAGGUGCCCUGGGCCCACUUCGCGGGCGCCGCCGUGCCCGCCGCCCUGGCGGCGGCGGCGGCAAGCCGCGCGGCGGGCGCCGCGCGCGCGACGCUGGCG